UGUGGAGUGAGAGGGAGAGGGGAAGAGAGGGAGAGGAAACAGCAACCGCGGAGAUUCUGAGUGUCUAUUGUUUAUAAGGGCGAGCAACAGUGAGAGAAGAUCCGACGAAUUUGGAAGCAGGAGGAGGAGGAAGGAGGAAGGAAGAAGGAGGAGGAGGAGGAGGAGGAAAAUGAUAGCUCGGCCUUUAAUCAACAGGAAAUGGCUUCUUACCAUCAUUCGUUGGCGUUCAGAGAGGAGGUGGGUCUUCCUCCUCCUCUCCCUGUCGCUGGUCUCCCUGAUACUGUUCCUCACUGUCAUUUCCGGCCACGGCGCUCCUGCCACUUUCAAUCUUUACAAGGUGGUCGCCGGCCGGCCGGCUGCCGAUGCCCGUGCCACUGGCGUUCUCAAGGGCCCCGGUUUCCCUCCAGUCUUCGCUUAUUGGAUCUCCGGUAGCCGCGGCGACAAGAACAAGGUGCUUCGCCUCCUCAAGGCCGUGUACCACCCGCGGAACCGCUAUCUCCUCCACCUCGAUUCCGCCGCGUCCAACAACGAGCGGGAGGAGCUCGCCGUCGCGGUGAGGGCCCUUAGGGUUUUUCGCGCUUUCGGGAAUGUGGAUGUUGUCGGGAAGGCAGAUGCCUCGAAUUACAUGGGAUCGUCGACGCUUUCGGCGAUACUGCACGGAGCUGCCGUGCUUCUCAGGAUCGAUGGGGGUUGGGAUUGGUUCGUCACGCUGAGCGCUUCGGACUAUCCACUUGUGACCCAAGAUGACUUGCUUCAUGUCUUUUCCUCUAUAAGGAGAGACCUCAACUUCAUUGACCACACCAGUGAGCUUGGAUGGAAAGAGUAUCAGAGGGCAAACCCAAUUGUAGUGGACCCAGGUCUUUAUUUGUUGCGCAAGCCGCCAAUAUUUUAUGCAUCACAAAAGCGGCCAAAGCCAAAUGCUUUCAAGUUCUUCACAGGAUCUCCAUGGAUUGUUCUUAGCCGUUCUUUCCUUGAAUUCUGUGUUUUGGGAUGGGACAACCUUCCUCGUAUUUUGCUGUUGUAUUUCACCAACGUUGUGAUAUCCCAAGAGGGUUACUUCCAUAGCGUUAUCUGCAACUCUCCAGAAUUCCAGAACACGACUGUAAACAAUGAUCUUCGUUACCUCGUCUGGGACACUCCCCCAAAUCCAGAGCCACGAGUCCUCAAUGCCACGGAUUAUGAAGGAAUGGUGGAGAGCGGUGCAGCUUUUGCUAGAAGAUUUCUUGAAGACGACUCUUUGCUGAAAGUGGUGGACGACAGGAUCCUCAAGCGUAGGCCACAUGGAGUUGUUCCCGGUGGGUGGUGUCUCGGCAAGCCCAAUGGGUGGCUAGACCCGUGCUCAAAAUGGGGGAACAUCAACGUCCUCAAGCCUGGGCCUCAAGCAAAGAGACUGGGAAACUUGAUAUCUCAGUUGACAACUAGUGGGGAUUGGCAGUCAAGCCAGUGCACGUGAUUUCCCUUUCGAGGUCCUAAGAGUUGGUUAGCACUUUCAUAUUGAAACCAACCAGCUUCAUCAGGACAAACGAGGUUGAGGGUGUACCAUCUGCCUUGCUGCAGAAGAGUAAGAUCAGUCGUGUGUAUCAAGGGCAUUUCCCACGCGAAUCUAUUGUUGGGCCUUCGAUGAUCUUUUAGUGCUGAUCAUGAGGAAGAUCAUGGUGGAGAGAUGAUCGCACUGAAUUCUUUGGACUGAGGUUAGUGGGCGCCAUUCUCCCCACUCUCUUUUGUAUUUGUUUUUUUUUUUUCCCCUUUUUUGUCUCCACCUUCAGAAGGCCCCAAGCCUCAGUACAAUAAAUUUUCAUGCUCCUACUUGGGGAUAAAGACCAUCUUAUUAAAGUUGUCUUUCCCCACCUUUGUUGUAUAGCAGACAUCGAUGAAAGCAAUACAUGAGAACUAACACUGAUCCUCUUCAAAUA